GUCGAUAACCCACCUCGUUGAAGCGUUGUAGACGAGGUGAAUGGAUAUUCACAAUGAAUCGACUGCAGGAGCGGUUCUGAAGUUACAAUCGAAUACGACUCACACCACACAUUGGACUGCUCUUUCAACUUUGAACCCAGAGUCUCACCUUCAGACUGUAGAUGGGGCUUUCCUAAGAACCAACAGUCUCGAAGAAGAGGAGUGCUCGAUAGUGACGGACACCGUAGCGAAGGACGUCACAGCAGCGAGGAAGAGGCGCCGAGGGCAGGAGCAGUAGAGAUUUCGAAUGGCUUAACUUCUGCCAGGGAGGGAAGAGAGGGGGUUUACCUCUCUGGGGAGAGGCUUUCCCUCAGCAGGACUCGACCUGCUUCAUUUCUCCUCUUCUUUUUCUCCUUCAGUUCUUUCCACAAAGGAGAGAGGAAGAGCUUUUGUCACCGCUCUUCUCUUUUGGUUUGUUUUGUAUAUCGGCUUUGAGGAGGAACAGGAACGAGACGCAGUGGAGUUGCACAGAGGGGAGCUACGCUACUGUUACCUCUAACACAGAAGACAUUCAGUCUGUGCUUGAACAGGAACAGGAACAGGAACAGGAACAGGUAAGGCGUGUCUUCGUUGGCCCCUUUUGAAGGCGGCUUUGUGGCGUGAGCCUGCAACAGGAGUGCAUCAUCACCACUCCCUGUGGUUCCCCUGGUUACUGCACUGAAAAUCCGCUUUGAUGAGGUAACGCCAGGGUGACGGAGGACCAAACCGACCCAAACUAACAGCUUCCUCCUCCCCCCUUUCUCACCGCCACCAUGGGCCAGAAAAUCUCUGGCGGCAUCAAGUCAGUGGACAGUCGCGGCGAAGGCGGCUCACCCUCGUUCCGUCCCUCGGCCCACCGCCGGCUCCUCCACCCCGAGCUGCGAGGCACCGACUUCCACAAGCCACCACGGUUGGACCUACUUCUAGACAUGCCUGCUGCGCCUCCAGACCUACAGCUCCGCCACGCCUGGAACCCAGAGGAUCGCUCGCUCAACGUCUUCAUCAAGGAGGAGGACAAACUGACAUUCCAUCGCCACCCUGUAGCCCAGAGCACCGACUGCAUCCGCGGUCAAGUGGGCUACACGCGGGGACUUCACGUCUGGCGGAUCCACUGGCCAGUGAGACAGCGAGGAACACACGCCGUGGUGGGAGUUGCCACCGCUGACGCCCCCUUACACUCGGUCGGCUACAUGGCGCUAGUGGGCAGUGACUCAGAGUCCUGGGGGUGGGACUUGGGCAGGAACCGACUGUACCAUGACAGUAAGAACCGGGCCCAGGCUUCCCUACCUUCAUAUCCGUGUUUCUUAGAGCCCGAGGAGGCUUUCGUAUUGCCGGACGCUCUUCUAGUGGUGUUGGAUAUGGACGAGGGCACGUUGAGUUUCACGGUGGACGGACAGUACCUGGGAGUGGCGUUCAGAGGCCUGAAGGGGAAGAAGCUGUACCCCAUCGUCAGCGCAGUGUGGGGCCACUGUGAGAUCAGCAUGAGAUACGUCAACGGACUGGAUCCGGAGCCCCUCCCCCUGAUGGACCUGUGUCGUCGGGCCGCCCGGGUCGCGUUGGGUCGAGAGCGCCUCCAGGAGAUUGAGACCCUGCCCUUGCCACAGUCUCUCAAAAAUUACCUUCAGUACCAAUGACCAGAACCGUACCGCCUGACCAGACCCGUACCAAUGACCAGACCAGUACCGCACACCACCAACUGGGACCAUCCGGACAGAAACCAUGAUGAACUAAGUGUAAUGGAAGAACGAGAGGGGGAUUGAAUGAAUGCGGGCAGACAACGGAAGCGAAAUGUUUACACUGUGGGCUGUCGCUCUGCGAUUAAUGGAUGGACACUUGAGGUCAGAUUUUUGACGGGAGGAUGAUGGAUACUCGAGUAUCGGGGUUUUGACCCAUUUUGGACUUUUUUAAUGAUUGAUGGCUGUAGCUCUCCUCCAAUGAAGACUCUAUUUGACAGAAUGGUAUGGUCCACAGUCACUUUUAAGUAUGGCAAUAAGUGGUGGUUUUAGGAGGCUACCUGCUGGUUGGAGUGAGAACUGCGCCUUGAAAGCACACAAACUAUCCCGGGAGGCUUUUGAACUCAGAUCACUGCUACUGGGUACACUAUACUCAAGGUCUCCUACCAUGUCAGUCCAAUCAGCAGACAGACACAGGACAUUUCUACAGGGCUCAAAUGUGUCCAUUUUGAGUUCAACGGGCCUGGAGUCCACUGGUACCAUACAAUCUCUUCCCCGCUGUGUUAAAGGACCCAUUAAAGAACUAUGCCAGUCUAGGCAAACCUAGUUUUUCUGGAUCUACAUCAAGUAAUGCAAGGGGAAAUUGUAGUACACAACUACAUGAACAAUGGCACAGCAGCCAUUUGGGGAGGGGGGUGGGUUCAAGGAUGGUUAUGGAUGACCACACACACACCUAGCAAUCAUUUUUUUUCCUCAAAAAGCUUGAGUCACUUUUGUAACUUCUAAGUUUGUACCCUAUAUUUUAUAGUGAGUGUGGAUUAUAAUUUUGAUGACGAUGAUGAUAUGAUGAUGAUGUUAUUUAUUUAUCAUGAGGUAGUUCCUUUUUCAAAUUGAUCAUGAUGGUUAUGUUCAGGUAAAUAUACUACACCAAUAUGGGAGAUGAUGAUCAGCUCUGUCACCCUAAGGCUUUUCUUAACAGGAUGCUGCUUUUAUUAUUAUGAUCGCUGAUGGGUUUAAUCUAUAUCUGCCUGCUGGGAUGAGACACCCGGGUCAUACUGGGGCACACAGUGGAAUGUAUGGACAGUGAUGUCAUUAGCAGAUCUGAAAUGUGAAUAAAAGCAAAGUGAAUGAAAAA